UCUCUCCUCCCCCUCGCCCUGCCUCCCGCCCUCCUCCGCUCGGGCCUGGGGGUCUGGGCCAGCAACAAGCUAUUACUGCAGACAUGGGCAUAGGAGCUAGAGGCUGACCCGAGGCCCGGGGUCCGUGAGGCGCUGGGCGAGGCUGCAGGAGUCGGGGUCGCCAUGGGGACAGCUGCCCCGGAUGUCCUCUGGACAGUGCUCCUGCUCCCGCUCUUGGUGUUUGGGGUCCCCACGGAAGAGCCCACCUCUGGGGAAGCUGUGGCCUCCCAUGCCCCCGGGCACUGCCGCUGGUGCUGUGACUCUGACUCUGAGGACCACCUGGCCCCUGCCGAUGCCGCGGACGUGUCCCCGGUCUCUCCGUCCACCCUUCCGUACGUGUUGCCCGAGGUCAGGCCCUACAUUAACAUCACCAUUCUGAAGGGUGACAAAGGGGACCGAGGCCUGCUGGGCACGCCUGGGAAGCUGGGCAGGGAGGGUCCCCGGGGAGAGCGAGGCCCCCAGGGCAGCAAGGGCGACAAGGGGCAGCCGGGCAGCCCCGGCAGCCCGUGCCAGACUCGCUUCUCAGCCUUCUCCGUGGGCCGGAAGACGGCCCUGCACAGCAGCGAGGGCUUCCAGCCGCUGCUCUUCGACACCGUCUUCGUCAACCCGGACUCGCACUUCGACAUGGCCGCCGGCCACUUUGUCGCCCCUCUGCACGGCCUCUACUUCUUCAGCCUCAACGUGCACAGCUGGAACUUCAAGGAGACCUACGUGCACGUCAUGCACAACGAGGAGGCGGCUGUCAUCCUGUACGCGCAGCCCAGCGACCGCAGCAUCAUGCAGAGCCAGAGCGUGAUGCUGGCCCUGGCGCCGGGCGACCGCGUCUGGGCGCGGCUCUUCAAGCGCGAGCGUGAGAACGCCAUCUACAGCGAUGACGUCGACACCUACAUCACCUUCAGCGGUCACCUCAUCAAGCCUGAGGACGAUUAGUGCCUCCAGCGGCGCAGCUCUGGUGCUGGGGGGUGGCGGCCAGGGCAGGUCCCACCCCCGGCAGGGCCUCAGUGUGCCCCUCUGUAAAGUGGGCCCACAGAGCGGCAUUCUGGGUAGCCCUCUUCUUCCUUCUUUCCUUCCCAGUCUGUUCCUUCUGCUCUCCUCUCUUGGGCAUAUUUUAAGAAGCCUUCAAACCUAAAUAUUCUAGAACUUUCCCAACCUUUUAUACCAGCAAUUUUCAAGCUUGAAUGUGUCCGAGAAUCACCUCGGUCCUGA